AUGAUAACUUGUUUAGAACUGGAGUUCCAGGCAGCGAAACAGCUAAAAUCCAUAGAGAAAGCAGAAAUUGAAAAGGGAGGAUGUGGGGACCCUGGCAUUCCUGCCUAUGGGAAGCGGACUGGCAGCAGUUUUCUCCAUGGAGAUACGCUCACCUUUGAAUGCCAGGCAGCCUUUGAGUUGGUGGGCGAGAGAGUUAUCACCUGUCAGCAGAACAAUCAGUGGUCUGGCAACAAGCCCAGCUGCGUAUUUUCAUGUUUCUUCAACUUUACGGCAUCUUCUGGGAUUAUUCUCUCACCGAAUUAUCCAGAGGAAUAUGGUAACAACAUGAACUGUGUUUGGUUGAUUAUAUCUGAGCCAGGAAGUAGAAUUCACCUCAUCUUUAAUGAUUUUGAUGUGGAGCCACAAUUUGACUUCCUUGCGGUCAAAGAUGAUGGGAUUUCUGAUAUAACCGUCCUUGGCACUUUUUCUGGCAAUGAAGUGCCUUCCCAGCUAGCCAGUAGUGGGCACAUAGUUCGCUUGGAAUUUCAGUCUGAUCACUCCACCACCGGCAGAGGGUUCAACAUCACCUACACCACAUUUGGUCAAAAUGAGUGCCAUGAUCCUGGUAUUCCUAUAAACGGACGUCGUUUUGGUGACAGGUUUCUACUUGGGAGCUCAGUUUCUUUCCACUGUGAUGAUGGCUUUGUCAAAACCCAGGGGUCUGAGUCCAUCACCUGCAUCCUGCAGGAUGGAAAUGUGGUCUGGAGCUCUACAGUUCCUCGUUGUGAAGCCCCGUGUGGUGGACAUCUGACUGCUUCCAGUGGGGUCAUUUUGCCUCCUGGAUGGCCAGGGUAUUACAAAGAUUCUUUAAAUUGGUAUUACAAAGAUUCUUUAAAUUGUGAAUGGAUAAUUGAAGCAAAACCUGGACACUCUAUCAAAAUAACUUUUGAUAGAUUUCAAACAGAAGUCAAUUAUGACACUCUGGAAGUGAGAGAUGGGCCGGCCAGUUCGUCCCCUCUGAUCGGAGAGUACCACGGCACGCAAGCCCCUCAGUUCCUGAUUAGUACAGGGAACUUCAUGUACCUGCUCUUCACCACCGACAACAGCCGCUCCAGUGUUGGCUUUCUCAUCCACUACGAAAGUGUGACUCUCGAGUCAGACUCUUGCCUUGACCCAGGCAUCCCUGUGAAUGGUCAUCGGCAUGGUAGUAACUUUGGCAUCAGAUCUACGGUGACGUUCAGCUGUGACCCGGGAUAUACACUGAGUGAUGAUGAACCACUUAUCUGUGAGAGGAACCAUCAGUGGAACCAUGCAUUGCCCAGCUGCGACGUUUUCUGGGCAUCCAUCAGCCCAGUCAAGCUGACAGUUAAAAUUAACCAUCACAGUGAGGCCCAGCGGUCUGGUUCUGGAGUCUGUGCUGGUGACACACGGGCCUCACAGCCACAGGUGGAGAUGUUCCAGGAGAAUGCCGAGACGCACAGCACUGGGCGGCUUACUAAGACACACGGCUAUUUGUUUGCAGAACCUGGUGGACAAUCACCUUUCCUGCUUUGUGGACUCAAUUCCCUUAAACUCCUUUUCAGUUCAGUUCUUCCAUUUGCAGGAAAGCUUGAUAGGUCUCAAGAUAUGAAAUAG